AAAGUUUAAUUUCACAAUAAACAAGUGUGUAUAUACCGAGAAAUCUAUAUAAACUUAUGUUAUGCGGCAAACAUUCUCAGUCUGUUGAAGCAACGUGCUCAGUUCGGUUCGGAUAUAAAUAUCUCACUUGAAUUUCACCACAAUGCGUUUAUUAGCCUUGAUCUUGGGGCUACUGUUUAGCUUGGAAUACUGUAGUGGUUAUAAGUUCCUAAUGAUCCUGAACUCCGCGGGCCGUUCGCACUUUAAUAUUGGUCAUGCCUUGGCCAAAGGAUUGGUUAAUUCUGGACAUGAGAUCACUGUGGUUUCUGUUUAUCCUCUAAAGAAACCCAUUCCUGGUUAUCACGAUAUAAAUGUGCCUAAUGUGAUUAAUGCAAUGAAAGGAGACAUGGCUGGUCUGUGGGAAUCCAUCCAGCAACCUGUGACGCAUAAGCUGAUUACCCAUUAUCAAAUGGGUUUCCGCAUCACCAGAGGUCUUUUCGAAGACCCCAAUUUUCAGGAUCUCUUAAAGAGCAACCGUAUUUUCGAUGCGGUGAUUUGUGAGACCUUUUAUAAUGAUGCCCACUAUGGCUUAGCUGAGCAUUUUAAUGCACCACUGAUAGGAUUGAGUACCGGUGGUGGUCUGACUUUUAUCACAGAUAUGGUUGGUUCCCCGGCUCCAGCUUCAUUUGUGCCACACAUAAUGUUGCCCUUCAACGAUCACAUGACGCUCUACGAACGCUUUUUAAACGUGGCUUUUCUGGCAUAUGAACGAUUUCUACUGGACUAUUAUUAUUUACCAGGACAAGAAAAGCUCUACAAGGAGUUCUUUCCGGCAAACAAAAGAUGUUUCUAUGAAAUGCGCAGAAAUGCAUCACUGGUUCUAAUCAAUCAGCAUGUUUCACUGAGUUUUCCACGACCUUAUUCACCCAACAUGAUUGAAGUGGGUGGCAUGCACAUUGAUGGCAAGUUAAGUAAGCUCCCCGAGAAGAUUGAAAAAUUUAUUAAUGAAUCAGAGUUCGGAGCUAUAUACUUCUCGAUGGGAUCGAAUCUCAAGAGUAAGGAUUUACCACCAUCAAAGGUUCAAGAGAUUUUAAAAGCAUUCCAUGGAUUAAAACAGCGAGUUCUUUGGAAGUUCGAACUAGAUGAUCUGCCCAACAAGCCAGAUAAUGUUUACAUAUCCGACUGGUUUCCACAGACUGAUAUUCUAGCCCAUCCAAAGGUUUUGGCUUUUGUAACCCAUGGAGGAAUGUUAAGUACUACGGAAUCCAUUUAUCAUGGCAAACCUGUCAUAGGAUUGCCUAUAUUCAGCGAUCAGUUCUUUAAUAUGGCUCAUGCCGAGCAAACAGGUUAUGGAAUUAUGCUGGAUUUCAAGUCACUGAAUGCCAAAGAUUUCAAGAAAGCCAUCGAGAGGAUUACGAGUGAAUCUUCCUAUACAAAAGUAGUGCAGAGUAUGUCCUCCCGAUACCGCGAUCAGCAAACUACUCCUUUGGAAAAAGCUAUAUAUUGGGUUGAACAUGUUACCCGACAUCAAGGUGCUGCCUAUUUACAAAGUGCCGCCCAAAGACUAAAUUGGUGGCAAUACCACAAUGUGGAUGUCCUACUAAUUAUUUUUUUGAUAGUGUUCUUAUUUUUAGUUGUACUACCUCUUGUUAUUUUUAAGCUGACGAAAAGACUUUUCUCUGCCCAAAGAAAACUUCAAGGCGAAAAAAUUAAAAGGAACUAGAGAAUUAAUCUUCCACUGAUUAAAAAAAAAAACAUGUCUA